GUGACGGCUCCAGGAGCAAGAGCGCUGUCCAGUAAUCUCUGCAGCUUAAAACAGCUUGCAAAGUCAUGCAGGCACGCUGUGCACCGGAGUUGCAAAAUUGAAGUCUGGUAAACAUUCUUUUUCAAAGUCAACAAGUUAUUUGAACGAAAGAAUAAGGACAGCAUCGUUGGAUGGAGCACUUUUUUGAAAUGGUUCGCAACCUGAUUAGAUGGAGAAGGUUGGAAUGAAUGAUUGUCAUCACCUCAAUCAAUGUCGUAACGAACCCAGCCAUUGGGAGCUGCACUUACAACACCAAAAAUGCUGAGGCACUCCAACAGAGUUAUCUGUUCAGGGCAGCUUUGAGGAUUAAAGAGAAAAUAUUCCUUCUCCAUGAAGAAAGAGAUUUCAGUCUGCUUGGAGUUCUUGCUGUUGUGUACUCACAGUGUGUCCAUUUGUUGGAGUUAAAUAGUGAACUACAGUAUGGUCUGCGGGUCAGAUAUUUGAAGGAUUACUUUCCAGUUAACUAUGCUGUGAAAGUUCACUAUGAAGAUAUUUAUAGAACAAUAAAUGUUACACGCAUGCAAAAAAGAAGUUUCACUGAAAAGGACCUGAAAUUGUUAUGGGUUUAUAUCAAUUCUCAAGUCCUAGAGACAGUCCUUGAAGUCCUCCCAAAAAGGCACCCAUCCAGAGCUUACGUGGAGGGCAUCUCCACUUUGUUUACUUAUUUGAGGAUGGAUAUGGAAGAAAUGAUUGAUGAUAUUGAAGAUGAGCGAGUGGAGGAAAUACUAUACCGUAUAAGUGACAUGGAUGAGCAAACUAAGAACAAGUCCAUUAGGCCCAAGGCUUUAUUUGAUAACUGUUAUCGGGUCAUGAAGCAACUCUUCCACUGUAACUGGAGAACUUGAUCACCAGUGUAUUCAUGGUGAAUGAUUUUAUCAUCAUUGCCUGUCGCUAACAACAAUACCCACUUCUCCACCUCCUUGUGACUGGAAGCAUCUGGAACAGUAUCACCCAUUCUCAUCCAGCUCCUCUGCGUUGAGAUGUAGAAUGCACUUGCCACUGAUUGGAGGAUUAGAAUGGACCUCACUGAAGAUACCUGCAGACAAUGGCCACUGGCUUGCUAUUUAUUCACUUCUCUCUGCCAUGACUGUGCGUGUUGUAAUUGACUUCAGUGAAGCCUUUUUUCCUGUUUUGUCCCCACCCCAUUCUGUUUACUCCCAUUCCUGCACCCAUUUACGGGCUUUCUGUUUGACUGAGAGUUCAAUCUGGAUAGUGUCCAUGAUAAUGUCUUUCCAUAACCCAGGAACAUUGAGCUGGAAAUCUUCGACUCUGCACCAUAACCACCUCCCCCACACCAUAUCCAAACCCAACCAAAUAUCCAUUAUUAACCAGAACAAAAAAAAAUCUGGCUGCAUAUUGUGGCUGAAAUCUUUACAGUGCACAAUGUAAGGAAGAAAGUAAUGAGGAUGUGAAAUGCAUCUGUCUCCAAGAGGGGAUAAUGUUGAAAACUUGGAUCAGACAAGUGCAAGACUGGAAGCAGCUCUUUAUUAAAAAGGACCCUCCUGCCCAAUCAUUUAUUGGGAGAGAAGCUACAACAUGGAGGAAACAGUCAAUCACUUGAAGUAACUAUCUCUAAGGAAUAGGAACAAAACCAAAUCAGACAAUGCAUUGAAGUUAUUUUUAUUAUUCAUUCUUCAGCACUGAUCUCUAUUAUACCUCCACCCCUCCCAACUGCCUCCAACAAGUUUAAACACAUAACCAGGAAAUUCCAUGGAAAUAGUUUAAUCUUAUGGUGAUAAGGAUAUCAAAUUUGUAUCACUCCUCUCUCAUUACCACUUCUACCAUAAAGGUUUUGCCUUCGGCAUCAGAGACCAGGAAAUAAUAUGUGCAUGUUUAAUUGACCUAAAAAGAUUUCAUUAAUUAUUCUUCUUCCUACUUGUAUAGGGUGGUCAGGCAAAA